GGGUAGGGGGCGGAGGAGGCUGCUUGAGCCUGGCGGUUUGUUGGCAAAGCUGGAAGCGCGCAACGCAGGAGCUCGCGGGGACCCCGGGCGCCCGUUAAUGGGGAAGGAGAGCCCGCUUGGGGUCGUCUGUGUGGCCCUCAGCGGGUAGACAGCCGCGGCGGCGAUGCUGCCCUGGAGGCGCGAUCGGUUGCAGCCACGCCAGCGCAGGCCAGGCAUGGUGCCGUAGCGGCUGUUGGAGGAACUGCGCCGAGGCGGAGGAGGAAGGAAGGCGGGCGCGGACGGGCAAAGCAAGCAGGGACCCCCUUCUCCAGCCCCGCUUGGGGUGAAGAUUAAUCGCACGGGCAGGAUUGUUUUAACAUAUGUUACAAAUAUGGCUGUCUCUCUCAUUAUAAAAUGGGGUGGGCAAGAAUUUUUAAUAACCACCUUGUCAGAAGAGGACACAGUGUUGGAUCUCAAGCAAUCACUCAAAGGACUUACAGGAGUGCUACCAGAACGCCAAAAACUUCUGGGACUUAAAAUAAAAGGCAAGCCAGCAGAAAAUGAUGUGAAGCUUGGAUCAUUAAAAUUGAAACCAAAUACUAAAAUCAUGAUGAUGGGGACUCGUGAGGAAAGUUUGGAAGAUGUCCUCGGGCCACCUCCUGAUAAUGAAGAUGUAGUCAAUGAUUUUGAUAUUGAAGAGGAAGUUGUUGAAGUAGAAAAUCGGGAGGAGAAUCUGCUGAAAAUCUCCCGCAGAGUUAAGGAGUACAAAAUAGAAAUACUGAAUCCUCCAAGAGAAGGGAAGAAAUUGUUAGUCCUUGAUGUUGACUAUACAUUGUUUG